UGGGGGGGGGGGGGCCAACGCCUUCCUGCGGCUGCUCGCCGCCCCGCGCCGCCUCGGGGCUUAAUACCCCGGCCAUGCGCCCCCGGCCUCGUCGCAGGCGCCAGAACGCGCCCUCCAGGCUCACGGGGCGCGGAGCACUUCCGGCGCAACCGCGCUCACACCGCCCGGGCGCUGGGGCGCAGGCUCGCCGUGUCCCCCAGAGGGAGGGCGCCACCGAGCUCGAGGAGGGUCCCCCAGCCCCCCGUGGCUCCCCUCCUGCUGCACGUAGUCUUCCCCCGGGGCCCCUCGGGGCCGGGGGCUCUGCUGUGACCCCCACAGGCAACGUCCCGGGCGACGGAACAGCCGGCUCUGCUGUGACCCCAGGGGCCAGCAGCUGCGGCGACGGGACAAGGGGCCUUGCUGUGACCCCACGGGCCAGCGGCCAGGUCGAUGGGACAGGCGGCUCUGCUGUGACCCCACGGACCAGCAGCCGGGACCUUGGGGACAGGGGGCUCUGCUGUGACCCCACAGGCAACGUCCAGGGCAACAGGACAGGGGCCUCUGCUGUGACCCCACGGGCCAGCAGCCGGGACCUUGGGGACAGGGGGCUCUGCUGUGACCCCACGGGCCAGCGACCGGGGCGAGGGGACAAGGGACCUUGCUGUGACCCCAUAGGCAAUGGCCAGGGCGACGGGACAAGUGGCCUUGCUGUGACCCCACGGGCCAGCAGCCAGGGCGCCGGGACAAGGGGCCUUGAUGUGACCCCACAGGCAGUGGCUACGGAGACGCGACAGGGGGCGCUCUGCUGUGACCCCAAAGGCCAGUGGGCGGGGUGACCGUGGCGAUGGAGAGCAGCGCCGCGGCGUCCCCGGGGAGCUCAGGGCGGACCGCAGAGCCGGGCUGGGCCACGUCCCUCCUCGCAGCCGCGGAUCUGACAGCCGGUGCAGCGCAAGAGGAGCGCCUUCGCGCCGCCUCGCUCCUCCCGCUCCUCCCGGAGGCCGGGCCGGAAGCCCCCGCGAGAGGCGGGGGCGGGGGACACGCGCGGACCUCGCCGGGCCCUCCUUGCGCUCGGCCAGGCUGCGUGUCCCCGCGGAGGCGGGCGCGGGGCGACCCCGUAACCUGUUGUCUAAUUACAGUUGGGAUAAGUCCCCGGGAAGGAGACUGGCAGGCGCGCUGAGACGGGCCAGCUCCGCUCUUGGUUCAUGGUGAAUAUUGAAGACGCUCGCCCAGGCGGCCGCGGCGGCGGACGUGCGCUCCGUCAUCUCCGCUCCCCGUCGUGGGUGACCGACCGCGGGCGACCUCCCGGCGGGCCGGGGCCCCGCCCCGCCCGCCAGCCCGCCCCGGGCCGCGUGCUCGUCGCCCGG